CGCUCCCAGUCAGUGUGGUUCUAACUCAUCAGUGGCAGCAGCGGAGAGGUCCUCCAACAGCCCCGGACGGGAGCUGCACCUCCACAAAUCGCUCGCCGAUAUCUCUUGCGGCACCGCAGGGUUGUCGGACAGGAAAAGUUGCCUCUAAGAGUUUUGUUUAUUUCAUUGUUUUUUUUUAUUUCGCCCGCAAGGAGGAAUGCUCGGCAUACCUGUGCGGAUCGUGGCCCGCCUCUAAACUCCCACUCAUCGCGUGAGAUUCAUUUCGUGUUCAUCUCCGUGCCUCUGCGGUUACGAAGAUCUCUGACAAGAUUUCUCUUUCUCGACUCCAGGGAGAGCGAUGGCAGCAGCCCGAGGACUCCGCCUCGUGUCCCUCUGCCUCGCCACGCUACUCUGCUGCCACGCCAGCCCCACGGAACUGCGGCUCCAGGUGCCGGAGGAGCAGCCGCCCGGCUCCGUGCUGGGCAGCCUGGCCCAGGCCCUGGGGCUGACGCCACGAGAGCUUCGCGACCGCGGGUUCCGGCUGCUGCCGCCGCCGCCAUCGCCGCCGGGCCCCGGCGGCGCCGCCUCCUCCUCGCCGCGCCUCCUCGUGCGCCUGCGCGAGGCCACGGGCGAGCUCGUGUCGCUGGGCCGCCUCGACCGCGAGGCCCUCUGCCCCGCCGCGGCCGCCCAAGUCGCCCCACCGCCGCUGCCGCCGCCGCCGGCGUCUCUCUUCGCCGGCGCGGCGGCCGCCGUCGGAGGCCCCGACGCCUCCGCCGCCGGCCGGGAAGAGCCGGCGGCGUGCUCCGUGGUGCUAGACGCCGUGCUGGAGAGGCCGCGGCGCUCGGCGGUGCGCGUGGUGCUCGACAUCCUGGACGUGAACGACAACGCGCCACGUUUCGAUGCUGGCUCGCGGCGCGACGACGGCGACGACGGUGACGACGGCGACAAUGGCGAAGAAGAAGGAGGCUGCGCCCGCGUCGCCGUGUCCGAGUCGGCGCGGCCCGGGACGCGCUUCGCGCUGCCCGCGGCCCACGACGCCGACGCGGGGCCCAACGCGCGUCUGCGCUACGCCCUCAACGCCAGCGCCAGCGACGCCUUCUACCUGAGGGUGUCUCGCGGCGACGACGACGACGGAGACGACGACGACGGCGGAGACGGAGAUAGCGGGGGAGGAGGAGGAGGGUUCCCCGAGCUGGUACUGCGCAGGCCGCUGGACCGCGAGCGGCAGGCCGAGCACCGGCUGCGCCUCACGGCCACGGACGGCGGCUCCCCGGCGCGGGUGGGCGUGUGCGGCGUGGUGGUGCGCGUGCUGGACGCCAACGACAACGCGCCGGCCUUCGAGCGGCCGCACUACCGCGUCGAGGUGCGGGAGGGCGCGCCGCUGGGCACCGAGGUGGCACGCGUGCGCGCCAUCGACCCGGACGAGGGCACCAACGGGCGCGUGGCGUACGCGCUGAGCCGGCACGCGGGUGAGCGCGCGCGCCGCCUCUUCUCCAUCGAGCCGCUCUCGGGCGUUGUGCGGCUCGCGGCGCCGCUGGACCGCGAGCGGCGCGCCGUCGAGGAGCUGUACGUGGAGGCGCGCGACAUGGGCCCGGACGGCGUGGCGGCGCACUGCAAGGUGACGGUCGCCGUGCUGGACGACAACGACAACGCGCCGGAGAUAUUCGUCUCGGCGCCGACCGACGGCGGCGGAGCCGGAGCCGGAGCCGGCGCGCCGUCUUCCCCGGACGUGGCGGUCGUCACCGUCGGGGAGUCGCGCCCGCCCGGCUCGUUCGUGGCGUUCGUGCGCGUGGCGGACGGCGACGCGGGCGACAACGGGCGGGUGGAGUGCGUCCUGCGGGGCGCGGGGCCCUUCGCGCUGCGGCCGUCCUUCGAGAACGGCUUCGCGCUCGUCACGAGCGACGCCCUCGACCGCGAGCGCGCCGGCCGCUUCAACGUGACGGUGGUGGCGCGCGACGCCGGGCGCCCGCCGCUGGAGUCCUCCAAGGAGAUCACGGUGAUCGUCGCCGACGAGAAUGACAACGCGCCGCGGUUCGGCGCGCCGUCGUACCGCGCGUCCCUGUCGGAGAACAACGCGGCCAACGCGCCGAUCCUCGCCGUGUCGGCCCGCGACCCCGACGAGGGCGAGAACGGCCGCGUGAGCUACUCGAUCGGCGCGGGCGAGGCCGGCGGGCUGCCCGCGGCGGCGCUGGUGUCGGUGGACGAGCGGAGCGGCGAGGUGCGGGCGCUGCGCCCCUUCGACCACGAGAGGCUGCAGUCGCUGAGCUUCGAGGUGGUGGCGCGGGACCACGGCUCGCCGGCGCUCAGCGCCACGGCCACCGUCGCCGUGGACGUGCUGGACCGCAACGACAACGCGCCAGCCGUCUCCCGGCCGCGUCUCCGGCGCGGCAACGCGACGGUGUACGCGCUGUGGAGCACGCCCGCCGAGGCGCAGCUCGCCAGGAUCCAGGCCGUGGACGAGGACCCCGGCGACAACGGGAAGCUCGCCUUCCGGCUGCUGCGCGGCAACGACGGGGGCCUGUUCCGGCUCGACGGGGACACGGGCGAGCUGGCGACGACGCGCGACUUCGCGGAGGGCGACCGCGCCAGCCACGAGCUGCUGGUCGAGGUGAGGGACCACGGCAAGCCGUCGCUGUCGUCGCUCGCCACUAUCCACGUCGUGCUCACCGACAUCAUCCCCGCGCACUACCACCGGGACGGCGGCGACGACGGCGACGACGACGACGACGGCGGCCUCUUCAUGGGGCUGCCGCUCAUCCUCAUCGUGGCGCUCGCGGCCGUCUGCUCGGUGCUGCUCAUCACCAUGGUGGUGGUGGCCGUCGUGUGCAAGCGCGAGAACAAGGAGAUGCGCACCUACAACUGCCGCGCCGCCGAGACCACGUACUGCCGGAAGCCCGAGAAGAACGGCGGCGGCGGAGAGGCGGAGCGCGGCCUCCCCUCGUCGUCCGAGCCGGGCGGCGUCGGCGCCCCGCCGCCCGACGUCAUGCUGGGCCUCGGGGCGCCGAUGCCGCCCGGCGUCAUGCUGGGCCUCGGGGCCAGGGCCUCGCUCGAGCGGCUGUCCCGCCUGCUGGCCGAGACGUCGGGCGGGAGGGGGGGAGGCUCGCAGGUCGACAUCGCGCGGGAGCACGCCUGGAUGGCCGAUGAGACGGAGUCGCUGCCGGCGUGCUACCCGGCGCUCGGAGGGGCGGCCCGCGGGUCGAUGCGGACCUUCCGCUGCUGGGACGAGGCCACGAGCGCAGCGGCGGCGGCCGCUGGCGCCGCGGCGCGGUACGGCUCGCCGGUGAGAGAUACGCUGAUACCCAGCAAUGAACACCGGCUCAAGUUUCCCACCGACGCUUUCAGGCGUGUGUGCACCGAAGCGGACGGCAUCAGUGGCAAGGACAGCGGCCGCGGGAGCGACCCACGGGACAGCGACCCCGGCGACGCGGACAGCGACGCGGAGGGAGCCGCGGCCGGGAUCCGCGCGGCGGCGGAGAUGCCGCCACCGCCGCCGCCGCCGCCGGUCACCGCCGCCGACGGCGCCGCCGGAGGGCGCCGCGUGGCACUCGGCGCCGGGCCGCUCUGCUCGUCACGGCCACUGCGCCCCGACCUGGCGCGGCGCAAGGCGACCACGCCGACGUGGGAGCUCAUGCCGCACCGUGACGCCCGCUGCCUGUGCCCCACGCCGACGCCGCCCAGCGCCUCGGCGGCCGCCACUCCCGGCGGAUCUCCCGCCCAGCGCCGUCGCCACCACCACAACCACCACCACCACGGCCACGCGGCGGAAGCGGACGGCGGCCGGCGGCGCCGCAUGGCAAUCUCCCACCAAGACGUGUCCGCGUCGAACCCUCGCCACAACAACAACUACCACAACAACAACUACUACCAGCAGCAGCAACCGCAAGACGACGAGCUGCCGAUCCCGCGCCACCACGCGACGGCGCGCUACCACCACGUGAAGCGCGCCAACUCGGGGCCCCAGCGCCGCUCGCUCGUCAACCCCGCCGUGCCGGAGAUGAGCCGCUUCAUCGGCGAGUGCAUGCAGGCCUACAGCUCGGGCACGCUCGCCGAUGGCACGGGCAAGGCCCUCGCGUCCCGGCACACUUCGUCGUCCUCGUCGUCGUCGUCCUCUUCGUCCGACGAGGAGGGCGGCGGCGGCGGCGAAGGCGACGGAAGGGGCGGCCGGAGCGUGAGGUUCCACCGCUGCGGGGUGGCCGCCGGUGCCGACGGAGCGCGGGGGGCGGCCGGGGGCGGCCCGGCGUGCGGGGCGAGGGACGCGCUGGCGCUGUGAGCCGGCUUGCUCGCUCGCUGCUGUCGCGUGGCAAUGCCGGUUUGUUGAUGUUUGUCGUCGUCGUCGCUUCAAUGUGGGACGCUCGGCAAUGGCCGCCACGGCUCACGCGUUCACAUUUUGUCCAACGCUCAAUCCGACGGUGCGGCAACGUUGCCGCGACGAUUUCUCCAGCGCGAGCACACUGACUUCGGGUUAUUUGUUGCUGUUGUUGUUGUUUGUGUGGUUUAGCCGGCCUGCGCUCUGCCGAUGAGCCUUAAGAGCGGUCGAAAACCUCUCCACGUGAUCGUCCACUGAAGACGAACGCUGCCUCUGUUGAGUGUUGGUCUGGAAGGCCAACAUGGCCAAUGAUGGACUGAGCAAAAAGAACGACACUUCCCACGCAGGACAGACAGAUUUGACGUGCCGGUGAUUAUUUAUUAAAUUGUAUAAUGCGCGGAGUGCUCACUGUUUGUGUGUGUUGUCCUAUGGAUAGACUGGCACUUGUCAUGGGAACGUGGAAAGCUCAACCGCUGGCUCAGGGCCAGUCGAGCGAGCGCCUCCUUCAAUACCGGGACGUGGAAAACCAAUCCCCCCCCCCCCUUAUCGUCAGCGCUCACCCAACUCGCGUAAAGCGAAACGCGUCUUGGUUAAAAAUCGCUCCGGUGAUGUCCACAUGACUCACGAUAUCCUUGCACGCAAUUUGGACGUGGGGAGCGGUGGCGCUGCGAUUAGCGCACAUCCCCCCCCCCACGCCCGCCGGGCAUGGCUGACAUUCCCCCUCGAGACCAUCGCCAGACCGACCAGCGUGGUGAAAUAUGGUCAAACAAACAUACCCCGUGACCGGCACGGGGGAAGGAGGCCCUCAUCCAGCAGUGGAUCGCCGUGGGUCUGCAAUUAAACGUUGUGGUUGCGAACGUAAUUGUUGUUAAGUUGUUGUGCGGCGCAACUUUAUAUAGAUCCAGGUCAGCCUCGCCGAGGCUCAAGACUCGUUGUGCAGGAGGGUCCUGCUACACGGGGCAACUUGCUGAAGUUUGGCUUCCGCGUGGUUGGUGAUUGGGAAGUUCCAGAGAAAGCUAACGCCACGGCGAUGGGGAUUGCGAGGUUCAUCCGUGAGGGGAUGGUUCACAAAACCCACUUGCUGUACUGCCAUCAUGUGACCUGCUCCUUCAGAAGCAGGGCGACACUGGGGUUGGCUCUCCGCUCAAACACGGCUGAAGUCGCACGCCGACCGCGCCUGAUGAUUGGUGAAACACGGCACCUGUGACGUGGAGAGCGCCGGUUCACGUUAAGGAAGACCAUUAUCUGAAUCUGUUCUGGGCCUCCCCUAGGUCGACUCAGCCUCAAAUGAGUACCUCGUGCUACGUGUAAAACAUCACCACUAGGGAGACAAAGGCGGCCGGGCGUGGUGUUGGCCACACCACCUCCUCGCAUGCCGUGCCGGCCUUCAUAGGCGCUCGCGAACAGCACUUGCCCCAACAGCCUGCGCAAGGAAGUGUUUACCAAUCAUCGGGCAAGUGCAGUGUGUGUACAACGGCUACGUUUGCCUGAGAACAAAGCUUAGCACACUUGUAAAGGUGGACGGCGGUGGGUUGGUGAGGAUCUGAAGUGUGGACGGGACGACCUCCUUGACGCAGAGGCGUUCCUUCCACGCUCAUUCGCUCAUCGUCAUAAUCGUCAUCAUCGUCGCCGCCGUAGUCGUCGUCGGCAUCAUUGUCGUCAUCGCCGCCGUUGUCAUCGUCAUAAUCAUCGUUAUCGCCGUUGUAAUCGUCAUCAUCGUUGUCAUCGUCAUCAUCAUCGUUGUCACACGAAGUGUCAACAAGUGAACAUGAGGCCUACUGAAGGCUCUUGUAGAAACGUGGUCCAUUACCCCGCUCCCCGUUAGCACGACCUGCAUUCGCAUGGCUGUAUAAAGUCAACUUCCCAACCCUAAUUUAUUACUUAUAUAUUUGUUAUAUAUAUCUUCGUAUUCUUCGACAUCACUUAAUCACCUAUUUACAUUCUCACUGUAUUUAUACCCCUACUCUCGCACCGAUGAAAAUAUCGCCGUGAUUUUUGUUUCGUUUUUUUUGUAACCGCAGCGCGAACGGAGGGCGAUUGAAUAACCGCGGUGCCUUGAAAGUGAAACAAUAUAAUGGGCAACGUUUCAGGACACGGGCCUACUUCAUGGCCAAAUGCCGUGCCAUUAAAGGCGACUUCACGGGGCUCGACAGCAGCCAGACGAGGGCGGCGGUUUCUUCUUACGAACAAACGCUUCUCGUGCGCCGUGAAGAAGGGCCGUUGACCGAAACGUUGCCCGUUGACAUUUUCUGUUUUGUGUCGAGUUUCGUGUUGUGUUUGGGCACCACCACGUGACUGGAACGCUUUUGCAGGCUGGGAAUGCCACUCAAUAAAGUGAGCCUCUUGGUCACGCCGAUUGACUCCGUCAGUGCGAUUGAUUCUGCCCCCUGCGACUGUGUUUGCUGAUCUCCCGCGCCGACAAACAGUGCCGGAUUAUCCCAGCGGCAAAAGUGACUCCAAAUGUAGCUAAGGGCCCCGUGCUAAAUGCUUUAAAGCCAUCAAUUCCGGUUCAGUGAUUCUGCACUUGUUCUAUUACUAUAGUACUAUACCGCCUUCGACUUUUAUGAACGACCGGGUGUAAUAUUUGGCUGUAUUGCAAAUGAUAAAAUACAAUUAAUUUACUAUGCAAGCUAAAAAUGCGUGUGUUUUAAUGUGUUUUUAAAAUGUAGGGCCCCUUUAUGCUACAGGCCCCACCCUGGCUUCAUCCGGCACCGACUUCACGGCCCGCUAACUUCAAGGCUUUAACGCAUUCAUCAUGUUUGUUAUUAUCGAACAUUUUUUUGCAAUGGUCUGUCAUUGGGUGAUGGUGAUUUUGGCGACGUGGUUAUGAGGAAAUAAACUUAUCAAUGAAUGCACGUCAA